AUGGCCGAUCUCCCCGCACUUUCAUCGCUGCCCUCCCAGUCGCCAGAGACUCAGCUGCGCGUACUAGACACUCUCUUCGAGCCCUCGCCCGAGAUCCACCAAUUGAUGCUUCCUCUACUGGCAAACCAGACCUUCAACUCCUAUACUUCUCUCAUCGACGCCGUGGGAGCUCGUUUUUUUGCGCUGGCUGCGCAAACCUCCCCCGCCGACCGAAAGGUGCUGUUCGGCAUCUUGGGCUCACACCCGCGACUCGGUCGGGCCCCCGCCAACCCCGAACAUCUUAGUGAAUUGAGCAAGAAGGAGCAGGCGCAAUUGAACACGGGUGCUGAGGAGCAGGCGGAGAAGUUGUUGGCGCUGAAUGUGGAGUAUGAGGAGAAGUUCCCCGGACUGCGAUUUGUGACUUUUGUCAAUGGGCGCAGCCGGGAUGUGAUUAUGGUGGAAAUGCGCCAGCGCAUUGACCGGGCGGACCAGGAGAAGGAGAUUACAGAGGCUAUCCAGGCCAUGUGUGACAUUGCCAAGGAUCGUGCACGAAAGCUGCAGGCGCGCAUUUAA